UUGACGUUGUCCUGCGUAAACAUGGCUGAGGAUAGCAGUGUAGUAAAUGAAGAGGAGAACAUUCUGUAUGAUUUACUUAUAAAUACCGAAUGGCCACAGGAGACCGAUACCCAGCUGAGAGGAAACAGAGAACAAGGGUCAACAUCGGUCCUCACCAAGGCUCUCACAGGACCAUUUAAGUUUAUACUUCACUAUCUUUGGUACAGCCCUGCAAGUUCCUCUCUACCGCCUGGACUUGUCCAACUAGUCAGUAAACAAAUUAACUGGCAGUUGGUGCUCGCAAGUAAUGGGAAGCUGCUGGCUGUUGUGCAGGACCAGUGUGUUGAGAUCAGAUCAGCAAGAGAUGAUUUUGGUUCAAUCAUUGGAAAGUGUCAAGUACCUAAAGAUCCUAAUUCUCAGUGGAGGAGGGUGGUGUGGAGCCAUGACUGCACUCUUCUUGCCUAUGCUGAAAGCACAGGAACUGUGAGAGUGUUUGACCUCAUGGGCAGCGAGCUUUUCAUCAUUCCUAUGGCUUCCAGUUUUCCAGGGGAUCUAAGCUAUUCUGUUGCAGGACUGAUAUUUCUGGAGUACACAGCCAGUGCCCAGUGGUCAGCAGAACUGCUUGUAAUUAAUUAUCGAGGGCAACUCAAAAGCUACCUUAUCAGUGUGGGCGCCAAUCAGAGUUACCAAGAAAACCACAGUUUCAACUUCAACAGCCAUUAUUCUCAUGGAAUUACUACAGUGAUUUACCACAGCAGUCACAGAUUAAUGCUGGUUGGAAGCUGUGAAUCCAGUGAUAAUGAAGUAUCCAAGGCAACUCGCUGCGGACUCACAGCCUGGAGAGUGCUGUCAGGCUUCCCUUAUUAUAAACAAGUCACUAGCUAUGAAGAUGAUGUGGGCUCUACACAAAGAAGAGGACUGUUAAGAAUGCCCACCUUCAGACUUUUUGCCAGACAAGGACACGAACAGGAUGGUGUGUUUAAGAUGAGUCUAUCACCUGAUGGAACUCUUUUAGCAGCUAUUCAUUUCUCAGGACAGCUUACCUUCUGGGAAAUCCCCUCCUUGAAACAAAGUGGGGAGUGGAGCCAAGAUGCUCAGCCAGGAUUUGAUGAGAUCAACCCAGAGUGGAGAAAUUCUCUCGAGAAAAGGAAAAAGAUAAAAGAUAGGGAAGCCUAUUACCCCCUGAUGGAUGUGAAUUGGUGGGCCAAUAAUGCAGUAAUCUUGGCACGGUGCUCUGGUUCCGUGACUGUGUCCUCUGUUAAAACCUUGAAGAACCUCCUUGGAAAGUCAUGUGAGUGGUUUGAGACUUCCCCACAAGUCACUGCAGCCCACGAUGGAGGCUUCCUCAGCUUAGAGUGUGAGAUAAAACUGGCUAAAAAAAGACCCCGUCUGGAAAGCAGCCAGUGUGAGGAUGAGGAUGGUGAUGAAGACUCAGACUCUGAUGAUGAAUCUUCUGCCAAGGCCCGGUACUUUGGGUAUGUCAAGCAGGGCCUGUAUUACGUGACGGAGAUGGAGCGUUUUGCACCGCCUCGGAAACGCCCGCGCACCAUUAUCAAAAACUAUCGUCUGGUGAGCCUGAGAUCCACUACUCCGGAGGAGCUUUACCAAAGAAAGAUUGACAAUGAAGAAUAUGGAGAAGCUCUUUCCCUCGCACAAGCUUAUGGGCUGGACUCAGACCUUGUGUAUCAGAGGCAGUGGAGAAAGUCGACUGUUAGCAUUGCAUCUAUUCAGGAUUAUCUGAGUAAAAUAAAAAAACGUUCCUGGGUGCUACAUGAAUGUGUGGAAAGAGUACCUGAAAAUGUGGACGCAGCCAAGGAACUGCUUCAGUACGGAUUGAAAGGCACAGACUUGGAAGCUUUGAUAGCAAUUGGAAUUAGAGAAGAUGGCGGAAGAUUCAUAAUGCCGGGUGAUAUAGAUAUUGAAGAGAUUCCUUAUGAAGAUUUGUUGUCGCCUAUUGAAGAGCUGCAGAAAAAGAAGGAGGAAGAAGCCAAGAAGAGACAGGAACUCCUUAAACUUGUGGACUUCAAGAAGCUUACUUUGGAACAGAAAGAGCUUUGCCGAUGCAGACUAAAACUACUGAGUUACUUAGAUCGCUUGGCAACAUAUGAGGAAAUCCUUGGAGGGCCGCAUGCUGCUGAGCAGAGAUAUGAUGCAGAGUUCUUCAAGAAGUUCAGAAAUCAGAACAUUGUGUUGUCAGCAAGAACCUAUGCCAGGCAAAGUAACGUUCAAGCACUGGACAUUCUCUUUACUUAUCAUGGGUCAGAGCUUCUGCAGCACCGACUCACCAUCCUCUUCAAUUUCCCAGAGACCACCUCUCCACAUGAAUAUGCCAUCCUGUUGCCAGAAGCAUGCUUUGAUGAAGAAGUUAACUUAGCAGUCAUACCAUGGAAUGAACAGAGGCACCGAGACAAGGACUGGUGUGAAGAACAAGAGUGCAGAAUAAUUCUGGAGCCCAAUCCUCAAGAUGAGGCAGAGUUUCUUUAUGAGGAACAGCCUGAACUGCUCAAGUUUCGGACGACUGAACCAUCUAUACAGCUACUCACUGACUGGUAUCUGAGGAAGGCUGAAGAGAUUGACAACUUUUCUAGACAGGUGGACUGCGCCUUGUCCUUGGUACGCUUGGGGAAAGAGAGAAACAUCCCUAGCCUUGAUCUGCUCUGUGAUGAUUUGGUUACUUUAGAGACGCUGGUAUAUGAGACGGAAUGCGACCUGACCGUUACUCUGAAGGAUUUACAGCAGAUGAAAGGCAUUGAUAAACUGAGGCUAUUAAUGAAUAGUUCAUCUGAAGAAAUGUAUGUGAAAAAUGCAUACCAGUGGAUGGUCCCUUUUCUCCAUCGAUGUGAGAGUCAAAAACCAGGAUCUGCAAAUAUUCUUCUAAAGGAAUACUUAGUUACACUAGCCAAGGAAGAUCUCAAAUAUCCCUUGAAGAUCUUUCAGCACUCCAAACCUGAUUGUCAACAGAAAAUUAUUGGAGACCAUGACCAGUUAAUGUCUAUAGCCCUUGAGUGUAUUUAUAGCUGUGAGAGAGAUAAUCAGCUGUCCCAUUGUUAUGAUAUCCUUGAAUGUCUUCCACAGAGAGGCUAUGGCCAUGAAACCGACCUGACUAAAAUCCUUCAUGAUAAGGUGGAUCAGUUGGAGAAACAUCUGAGUGUGGCAGAGAUUUUGGAGAAACAUGGACUGCCAAAACCCACUUCGUUUGUGCAGAACAGCCAGUCUAGCCGAGAAGAGGCCUACCAACUGAUGGUAAAGCUGACCAGACACACUGGGCGCAGGAAUCCACCUGUAAGUGAGAAUCAUUGGAAAGGAUUACUACAGGAUUUGCAAGACAUGCAGCAGAAUGUAUACAAGUGCUUGGACCAAGACACUUGCUAUCAGAUAUUUACAGAAAGCUUGCUGUGCUCAAGCCGCCUGGAGAAUAUCCGCUUGGCUGGGCAGAUGAUGCAGUGCAGCGCUGUGGUGGUAGACCCACCCGUUACUAUGGCCUUCCGAGGUAAUGUGCAGCCCAAGGUCAGCUGCGAGAGGAGCAUUGAAUUAGUCCUGGCAGCAGCUAGGGAGUACUUCAACUCAUCAACAAACCUGAUGGAUAACUGCAUGGACCUGGCCAGGUGCUGUUUACAGCUUAUCCCAGACUGUCCAGCAGUCAUCCAAGAAGAACUUGAUCUGAUCAGUUCUCUUUCACAGCUUGAGGAGUUUGGAGUAAAAAUUCUCCCAUUACAAGUGCGUUUGCGGUCAGACCGCCUCAGUCUCAUUGAAGAAUGUAUUAGUCAGUGCCAGACAGCCUACAAACAGUCCACAAAGCUCCUGGGACUUGCGAAUCUGCUCAGGGUUGCAGGGGAUGAUUCAUUGAAGAGGAAGGGUCAGAUUCUGAAUCUGUUGGCUGAGCAGGCUCUUCAGUACCAAGAUCAUAAAGCAGCCACUUUCCACUGCCAGGAGCUCAUGGCUAUAGGUUAUAGCGAUGGAUGGCAGGUAUGCAGCCAGCUAGGUCAGUGUGACAGUUACCAGGACUUGGGCAAUCAGCAGGAGCUCAUGGCCUUUGCCCUCACACACUGCCCUCCAAAUGCCAUCCAGUCUCUGUUGGCAGCCAGCAGCUCUCUUCAGACUCAGAUCCUGUACCAAGCAGUGAACUAUCAGCUAGAUCCUUCACAGACUGAGGAGACUACUAAUAAUUCUGGACAAGAUUCCCCACAGGUUGAUGCAAAAGCUCCUAUUGCUAGCCAGUCUGCAGAUCUGCUGCACCGAACCACAGCUAAAACCAUAGAGGUUUUGUCAAACACCACCAUGACAACCAAAGCAGUGCUGCAUGCUGUGAGUGAUUCACAGUGGUGGAAGAAGUCAAUCAGUUACCUUCGACCUGUACAUGGUCAAGGACAGGGUUCUGCAUUAAAGGGCAUGGCUGGAGAAAAUGCAGAUAUGGAAAAGCAAGGCUGCAAUCCUUUCUAUGAAUCUGUCCUAGCUGAUCCCUAUGUGGAUAAAAGCAAAGUAACCUACACCUCCUACCAUCACAGCCCACUGGAAAAGUUUGCUGAGGUAUUGCUAAGAACAGGAAAGCUGGCAGAAACGAAAAGUGAAGGCCAAAACCUGUUUCCAGCAACAGAAGUCCUGUUGCAGUUGGCUAGUGACGCUCUGCAUAAGGAUAUGACCCUGGCCUUAUCAUAUUUACUAGCAUUGCCUCAGGUAAUGGAUGCCAACAGGUGCUUUGAGAAGCAGUCACAUUCAGCAUUAUCACUCCAGUUGGCAGCAUAUUAUUAUGCCCUUCAGAUCUAUGCCCGUUUGACUCCAUGUUUCAAUGACAAAUGUCAUACACUUUACAAGGCAAACCCAAAGGAUCUUAUAAAGCUGGUCACAAAAUAUGUCACUGAAAAUGCAAGUGCUGAUUGGCCUGAAGAACUUGAGAAACUUAUUCAGCAGCUUUACCUUUACAAUGAGCGACUCACUGACUUCACCCAGGCGCAGGUUCUGCAGGGUCUGGGCAGAGGAGUCGAUGUGCAGAGGUUUUCAGCAGACAGUCAGUAUAAGAGAGAGACGAUACUGGGCUUGGCAGAGACCCUAGAAGAGAAUGUGUACAAGAUCUCAGUAUCUCUUGCUCAGCGAUAUAAUAUUCCACUUUGGGAAGUACACAUGACACAUUUGGAAUUCCUGUUCACAGACAGUGGGCUUACCACAAAGGAAAUAGAAGACAGAACACAGGCUCUUGGUCUCUUUGAGACAUUGAAAUGUAAUCCAGAAGCUUUUCAUGAGCAUAUGACCAAGUAUGUGUACCCCAGCAUUGAAGGAACUGAUCUGCCAUGUUUACUUUACUACUUCUCCUUGCUUGAAAACUGUGGCUGCUUGGAUUUUGUGACAAGCCCCAUUAAGCCUGAUACACAUAUAAGGCUGCUCAAGAAACUGAAGGCUGUUGCAACUGGGCUGAACUACAGGAGACUCACAGAUGAAGACUCUGAUCCUCUGGAGGCUCUGGCACCUGUUCUGACCAGCCAGAAUGUCUUGUCUAUUUCCAAGCUGGCCUCCAAGAUCCCCAGAAAAGAUGGAUGCAUGCUGUCAUCAAGCACUGUGCAUGCUGCCUGGCUUCGCAAACUCUUUUGGAAAGGAGACCCUCAGGUCCUUAAAAAGCAGCCACAGUCUGCUCCAGAAUAUCUACAUGCGUAUGAUACCUGUGCCAAGUACUUUGAAAGGCUGUUUCCUUCCGACAUCACCUUUUUUAUAGAUGACAUCACCUUCUCCCCUGAAGCAGCCAGAUUGCUGACUGUUGAAGCCAGGCUGGAGGUUACUAAGAGAGCCCUGAAAUCAGUCAAACAGAUAAGUGAGAAGAUGAGAAAGAAGAAUUCCGAAGACAACAGCCACCUUCCUGAGAAUUCCCCCGCCAGCUUUGAAGAAGCUCUGAAUCAUCUCCAGCAGUCACUUGCUCAUCUGGAAACACUCAAUCAUGGCUUCAUUCUCUCCCUGAAGAACAGUGACCAGGAGCUGUUACAGAAGUACAGCAAUCUGUAUGAUUUGUCCAGGUCUGAAGAGAAGAAUGUUCAUGAGCUGGCUGUUAUGAUGUCUAUAGAUGGGCAGCCUCUUGACUAUAUCAAGCAGCUGCUAGAAGUGUCUUCGGGGCCUCUGCUUAUUUCCCCCAAGUCUGUGGUGCAGGAUGCUGUUCAUAGAAUUAUUUCUACACUGGGUGGUGAUGGUUCGGUUCUGACCUGUAAGAGAGACCCUUUGCAUGUUCUUGAAGGAAUCGUAACAGCAGUGCAUGCAAAUGUUGAGAACGGGGGAAGUUUAGUUUCAUCAGAUGACCUCCUUGACUGGUUACGGCCCUUCUGUGGAAAUGUGUCCCUGCCAGUGAAGCCACGGAUUGAGGUCCUGCAGAUCCUGGAACAGGCUUUUCAUCUGAGUGAUGAAGACAGUAAACUACUUGUGUUCUUCAGGACCCAGGCGGUACUGAAAGCCAGCUGGCCCCAGAGACAGUUGGAAAUCAGUGAUGUAGAGAAGGAUGAGACGCGGUACCAGCUGUUUGUUGAGCUGUUGAACUCAAGUAACAGUGAGGUGGAGUUCCAGCACUUAGUACUACUUCUGCAGGCCUGGCCCCCGGUAAAGAGUGAAACAAUUUUGAACGCAGUGGGGAAUCCCUGGGUGAAACUGGCAGCAGCCAUGUUGUCUAAGUGUGCCACGGAGCAGAGAAGCAGCGUGGGGAACGAAGUGAUGCACAUGUGCCGUUCUCUCUAUAACACAAAACACAAGCUGCCUGUUGAGUGUAUUAGACAGAUAUCCGCUCUCCUGCUGGAUCAGUACCUUGUGCUUCUUCCUGCAUUAAAACUCCUGGUGGAAAGUAAAGAUGAGCAACUGCAGACACUGAUGCUGGAUCAGAUAAGCAACAUCCAUACAGUUGAUGAAUUGAACUGUGACGCUGAACUUAUCUCUCUCCUUCUGGAUGCCAAAUUAGUUGUGAAAUGCGUGGGCACUGCCUUCUACCCCCACCUCAUCAACCACCUUCUCAUCAGCCACGAGGAGCAAGGCUGGAGUGUGGAAGACAUUGCCAAACAGCUGCAGCAAGAGGGAUACAUGGCUGAAGCAGGGUCACUCAUGUUAUCCUACAGAGGAACACAUCCAGCUCUUACCACGUUUAACACUGCUGUCAAUGCUAUUAAAAGAUGGCUUUAACUAACCCUAAUGGAGGUAUUUUUUAUUUCAGUAGUGCCUCACUAUCAUGAUUAUAGACAAAUCCAAAGUAUAAUCAUUACCUGGAAAAUGCAGCUUUUGAUUGACUGUGAAGGAAUUAAAUGUGUUUUACAGCUAUCGGAGUUGUUACAAUAAAAUAUUAAUAUAGCAUUAAA